GUGUCUCACAUUCAUCUGAGCAUCCUUCCGUCAUGGCGUCUGUUUGGUACAAAUCCCUUACCCACCUGCCGGUCCUGUCUGUUUUCGUCUUCCUUCUGCUAUGUAUGCCACCGGGGGGAGGGCAAAAAAAGAAGGAGAACCUGCUGUCAGAAAAGGUUGACCAGAUGAUGGAGUGGUCCUCCCGCCGUUCGGUUGUGCGGAUGAACGGGGACAAGUUCCGUCGCUUUGUCAAGGCCCCACCCAGGAACUACUCUGUCAUCGUCAUGUUCACUGCACUACAACCUCAAAGGCAGUGUUCUGUCUGCAGGCAGGCGAAUGAGGAGUACCAGGUGCUUGCAAACUCAUGGCGCUACUCAUCUGCCUUUUCCAACAAGCUCUUCUUCACAGUAGUGGACUACGAUGAAGGAGCUGAUGUUUUCCAGCAGUUAAACAUGAACAGUGCUCCAACCUUCAUGCAUUUCCCGGCUAAAGGAAAGCCAAAGCGGGCCGAUACAUUUGACCUGCAGAGGAUUGGCUUUGCUUCAGAGCAGCUGGCUAAGUGGAUUGCAGACCGCACAGAUGUACAGAUCCGCGUCUUCCGUCCUCCAAAUUAUUCAGGGACAAUCGCUUUAGCUCUGUUAGUGUCUCUGGUUGGAGGUCUGCUGUAUCUGAGGAGGAACAACUUGGAAUUCAUAUACAACAAGACAGGAUGGGCCAUGGCUGCACUGUGUGUGGUGUUUGCAAUGACAUCGGGACAGAUGUGGAAUCACAUUCGAGGUCCUCCCUAUGCUCACAAAAAUCCACAGAAUGGACAAGUGAGUUACAUUCAUGGCAGCAGUCAAGCUCAGUUUGUGGCAGAGUCUCACAUCAUCCUUCUUCUGAACGCUGCCAUCACUAUGGGGAUGGUGCUGCUGAAUGAGGCUGCCACCUCUAAGGGAGACGUUGGCAAGAGGAGAAUCAUCUGCCUGGUGGGCCUUGGCCUGGUGGUGUUUUUCUUCAGUUUCUUGCUUUCCAUCUUCCGGUCCAAGUACCACGGAUACCCCUACAGUUUUCUUAUCAAGUGAAGAAAAAAAAAAGGAAGAAGAGGAGGUCAGCAGAUGAUGAAGAAGAGCCAGAAAAGAUACUUGAAGAAGCAGAGGCAGCGUUACUUUUAAGUCUAGAGUGCAUGGUGGUUUUUUAUUUUUUAAUUUUUAUUUUUUUCCUAUUUGUGUGUGUUGUUGUUUUUUUAAUUGACUGAUAUCACCAAUUCAGCAAGCUGAAUAGAUAAUAAAUUAUUUCUUCUUACACUGUAAAAUAAAGGCAUGUCUC